UUCUCGAGAUGGGUCCGGCGCCGCCAUUGUGCAGCGCUGCUCCCAGCGGAGGGUUCCGGCUGUGGCCAGUACCUCGGCGUCUCUGCGUCGCCCGGCAGGUCCGGGGCUCCGGUCCGUGCCGGUGCAGGCGCCGGCAUGUGGCUGUGGGAAGACCAGGGCGGCCUCCUGGGCCCCUUCUCCUUCGUGCUUGUGGUGCUGCUGGUGGUGACGCGCAGCCCCUUCAACGCCUGCGUGCUCACCGGCAGCCUCUACAUCCUAUUGCGGCUCUUCAGCUUCGAGCCUGUGCCGUCCCGCCGGGCCCUGCAGGUGCUCAAGCCCCGUGACCGCGUGUCUGCCAUCGCCCACCGCGGCGGCAGCCACGACGCGCCCGAGAACACUCUGGCGGCCAUCCGGCAGGCAGCUAAGAAUGGAGCAACGGGUGUGGAGUUGGACAUCGAGUUUACUUCUGACGGAGUUCCUGUCUUGAUGCACGAUAACACAGUAGAUAGGACAACAGACGGGUCUGGCCGACUAUGUGAUCUGACAUUUGAACAAGUUAGGAAACUUAACCCUGCAGCAAAUCACAGACUCAGAAAUGAGUUCCCUGAUGAAAAGAUCCCUACCUUGAAGGAAGCCAUUACAGAGUGCCUCAGCCACAACCUCACAAUCUUCUUCGAUGUCAAAGGCCAUGCAGAUAUGGCUUCUGCUGCUCUAAAGAAUAUGUACAUAGAAUUUCCACAGCUGUACAAUAACAGUAUGGUCUGCUCAUUCUUGCCAGAAGUCAUCUAUAAGAUGAGACAAACGGAUCAGAAAGUAAUAACAGCCCUAACUCACAGGCCUUGGAGCCUGAGCCAUACUGGAGAUGGGAAGCCUCGCUACAAUGUCUUUUGGAAGCAGUCCGUGUUUGUGGUGUUGGACAUCUUGCUUGACUGGAGCAUGCACAAUGUCUUGUGGUACCUAUGUGGGAUUUCAGCCUUCCUCAUGCAGAAGGAUUUUGUCUCCCCAGACUAUUUGAAGAAGUGGUCAGCUAAAGGAAUCCAGGUUGUUAGUUGGACUGUCAACACCUUUGAUGAAAAGAAUUACUACGAGUCCCAUCUCGGGUCCAGCUAUAUCACUGACAGCAUGCUAGAAGACUGUGCACCUCACUUUUAGAUUCCCUGGGAGGAAACAAUUGAAAAACUGCCUGGAGGCCUCUUGCAGAGACAUCAGAAUGUUCUGUUAGCACAAGCCCUGGGGAUCCUGUGGCUCACACUAUCAAUAGUCAUAUUUUCACCACAACAAGCUGAAACCAGGUGUGGCCACCAUGCUCCAGGGAAGGCUCAACACUGUUGUCCUUAAAAUUCCUGAUCUGCAAAAAGACAGGGUGGCUCCGCCCCGCCCCAACCCUGCUGAGGGUACAGAGUCGAGAGGAUGAGCAGAGUGGGUCCUACAAUUAGGACGAAAGCAUCAAUGCACGGGGCUUGCAGGAUCACUCCAAGUUGACAUUUUAAAUCUUGCCAUACUUCAGUAAUUCACUUAUUUCCAAUAUUUGUCGUCAGCUCUGUUAAUGGCGACCUGUAGGUGUCAAACUUGUGACCAUACUAAUAAAAUCAUUGAAAGGUGA